UUAACCGCAAUCUCUUAAUUAAUUUACAUAGAAAUAUAUAACGGAAAGAGAAACUAAUGGAAGGAGCACAACUGAUUUUGAUAGAAUUAUUAGUUGAUACAGUCAAUAUUCCUACAAUACGAGCGAUCUUUGAUGAAAUAUUGCCGGCCAAAACAUGCGUCUCGUUUCAAAUAUUGAACUUGCCCCCUAUCAAUAUCUAUCAAGAAACACCAACAGAAUCUUGUGCCUGUAUCCACAAUGGAUCGCAAGUCUUCAAAAAGGGCAAGUCCUGCUUAUUUGCUCUUCCAGACAAUGUCCUAGAGAAACCAUUGUGCAACUUCCCUAUAACAAUGUCCGUUUACAAGGAACUACCGCCAGGAGUUUUGCCGGACGUGAUGCUAAUCGGCACUCACCAGAUCCAACUUCACGACCUCAUGAACUCCCUGCUGAGCAUGCACGUCUCUCAGCGCAGUAAUCCGUACAAAACGAUGAAGAACGCUUUUAAAAUUACCACAGCGACAGGGCAACACGUAGGCGAAGUCACGGUCUUCAUUCGCGCCUCGUGUUUCGGCAAGAAGAUUGUCACGCAAUUUCAGCUUCCUCACAACAAGGAACCCUAUCUUUUCAAGGGUGUCAAUGAUAGUCCUGUGUAUCUAUGUAAGAGGGUCACUUCCGCUUCAGAUAGACGACAGAUAAAAUGCGUGUGCUCUCCUAAGAAUGGCGAUGGCAGCGGAGAAGCUGCAAGGAUCCGCUAUGUUAGCGCCAAUGAACGCCAGCGAAAAAAACCAGAGGAUAUCAAGAAGGAUAAAUUAUGUGCACCGUGUUGUCGCGGUGUGCGGGAUAUCACGAAAAGCAAGGAAACUGUUAGAAAAUGUGGCUGCGCCGUUAAAGAAGAACGGACUUGUAAUUGCGCCAGGUCGAAUAUCAAAUAUUUAACAUGAGUGGAGAAAAGCUCAGA